AUGAAGCAGAUAGUGAUUCUAUUAAUGCUCAAGGAUAAACGACAUUAAUCAUUUGUGCUUAAAAUGGGUGUGAUACCAUUGCUACAAUAGUAUUCACUAUUGAGUCUGAUAUUCAUUUUAUCGAAAGACAUCAAAAUACAGCAUUACAUUAGGCAUGUUAAUUUUUUAUCUAUAGUUUAUUUAUUCCUUUAUUAAAAGAAAUUUAAAUAGCAGAAAUACCUCUGGCAAGACUCUCAUUGCAGUUAAGUGAAAAGAAUUUGGAUAAUAAAUCUCCUGUUGAAUUAAUAUAAAAUAAUUCUACUCUAAAAAAAUUUAUUGAAUAAAAUUAUAGGUAUUUAUUUGUUUAAAUUCAUUUCAGAUGAAAAAGUAUCAUUCAACCAAUGUCACAAAGUUUAAAUCUAUAAUGAUUCCGAAGAUUAACAGAAAUACAUUAUCUAGCAAAUCAGUACCAAAAAACUUCAAAAUGUUAUACACCAUAAACUGACAAUUAAUUUUCUAUAUCCAAUCGUUCAACAACACUUAAUCAACUUGCAAUUGAGUAUUAAAUAAUAGUAUUAACUAAAUCAAAGUGAAAUGAUAGAUUCCUCGAAAAUCAGAAUUAUAUUACGAAGCGAUAAAGGUUCAUUUGGAGAUGUAUAUUUAGUUGAGAGAAGAAAUUAAACUAAAGCUGCAUAAAGUCUCAAAUGAAAUUUUUGCUAAAAAGGAAAUUUUAUGUCAUAGUUUAAUAAGAUAUGCUCUAACUAAAAAAUAUAUUAUCCUAUUUAAAUCAUACAGACAUUGUUAAAUUAAGAUACGCUUUUUAAACUAAUAAUCAUUUGUGUUUAUUGAUCGAUUUUUUGUUCAGGUGGGGAUUUAUCUAAAAUUAAUAAAAAAUUCGGAUUAUAAAUUGCAGAAAUACUGGCAUCUUCAUAAAAUGACAUAUAUAAAUAGAAAUUAAAAACCGGAAAAUAUUGUUAUUGAUACACAAGGUUAUGCUAUGUUAACUGGUUUUGAAUUAUCAAAAGAAGAAGUUGGAGAUAAUUAUGGAGCUAAAAGUUUCUGUGGAUCCAUGGCUUAUUGGGUCCAGAAAUGUUAAAACAAUAAGAAAUGGACGAGCUGUUGA